AACAUCAUGUUUGAGUCAUCUUAAAUACGAGUAGCUAUAUACAAAAACGAAGGGAAACUGAGCCCAUUCUGAUAAAUUUCAAGGAAAAGGAAUUCCAUCUCAAUAAUGCACAAUGACAUUUUUACCAAUUAAGCCACAAUUCACAGGAACUCGCACAUUCAUUUUGAGUCUUCUUGUUAGUAUUUGAUGGCUAUCAUUCAUUCGCUAAAGAACACGCGCACUGUUUGUGACACAUAGUUGUGAGAGAUGUUGGCUGCUGUGAUUCCAUCCUCUCGUGCUGCUUUACAGACAAAGCUCUACAAACCCGUAAGCAGCCGCAGCAGCAAGUGCAAGAAUUUUCAUAAUAAACACUCCACCUUUACUCUUAAAUUGCUUCAAAAUCAAAGGCAAAGCCAUCAUUGCAACAAGUUUCCCACUCUUUCUGUCAGCUGUUCUCCUGCUAGUUGUGGAGAUUCUUUCCCCCAGCAAAAUCAAGAAUUGAGUAAUGAGAACAAGGGGUUCUGGCAGAAAUGGAAGGAAAACUCCUCGGAAAUGAGUAGCAAGCUAGCAAAGCUGGGGCUUGCCGCUGUUCUUGCUUAUGGCAUAUUUGAUGGUGUCACAUACACAAGUUUCUUUGUACUUGCAUUUCUUGGGUAUGAGAAAAGCACUGGCAAGAAUCCGGCAGCUAAUCUUCAAGCUCUAUUAGGGAUAGUAAUCUUGAUGUGGACUGGGAACAAUGUAACAAGACCAUUUCGAGUGGCAGGAGCAGCUGCUUUGGCGCCUGUGAUUGACAAAGGAUUAAGGAGAAUCCAGAAAUACUUCAAUUUUCCUACUCUUGCUUAUGCAUUUGCCCUUGUGGUGGGGAUAAUUUCUGGACUAUGCCUGACUGUUGUUGGGUUGCUUAUCCUCUCAAGAUGGGGGAAAUGAACCAACUUGUUUCCAAGGAUACAUGCAGAGUUCUCAUCAAAAUAGGAAGUGCUUCCUCCCCACGUGAAUGGAAAUCCCUGGCAAAUUUCCACUUGGCUUAAGAAUUCAGCGAAUUUUUGACAUAGAGGAAAUGAUGUCCAAGAUGUUAUUGUUACCAGGUUGACUGAUGUGAUAUUUUGAUGUUUCACUUUCAUCCUAUUUUCCCAGAUGGUCGUUAUUUGCUUUAACAAGUAUUCUAUUUGAUAAUUUCCUCUC